GGUUACCAUUUAAGUAACUUCCAGUUUAAGUGGUCUUGGGAUGACUGGCUUGAGGCCUCGCAGUUGGAUCCACCCAUCCCAAAGCAAAGUUUGUAAUUGAAGUACUGCAGAGAGCUAU